AUGCCUGAGGUGGCAGCUAUGGCUAAGGGCGGUGCAUCCUGCAAGAUGUCGAAGCAGUCGCUGGCUAAAGUCACCAAGAAGUCGCCCAAGAAGCAGAGGAAAUCUCGCCAGCAGAGCUAUUCCACUCACGUGUACAGGCUGCUGACCCAGGUCCACCCUUCCACCAGGAUCUUAUCCAAGGCCGUGAGUGUUACAAAUUCCUUCGUUGUUAACGUUUUCGAGCACGUCGCCUCCGAGGACUCGCACCUCAUUCACUACAAGCGCCACACCAUCUCGGCCAGUGAAAUCCCGAGCGCCAUCCACCUCCUGCUGCCAGGGGAACUGGCCAAACACGCCGUCUCCAAAUGCACCAGAGCGAUCACCAAAAUACAUCAACUCUGUUUAGGUCGAUCAUUCUAA